AAAACACAUAUAGGAGGCUACAAAGUUUGUGACUAACCUUAUUUUGUUCUUGAACUUGCAAGCGUACACCGGAACGUUCCGGCUUCACGACUCCGUGGCCCAGUUAUCCAGGGACGUGUGGAACGAAAUGGACGAAGACGACCAGCCCUUCAUGGAACGGCUGGAGGAGGGGGGCGUCACCAUCUUGGAACAGCACAGGAAGAGAAAAGCCCAGCGUCCGACGUCCAUGUACGAGUUUCCAACCAGGAAGUACUACCUCAGCAGGGACCCCAAGGACAGGUCUGUGCAAGGUAACGGCCUGGGUUUGCGUGUAGUCGGUGGAAAAGAGAUCCCAGGAGGCCGGGGUGAGAUCGGGGCAUACGUGGCCAGGAUUUACCCUGGCGGAGUGGCAGAACAGGUGGAGGGGCUGUUCGAGGGUGCCCAGGUACUGGAGUGGAACGGAGCGAAGCUGACAGGCAAGACUUACGAGGAAGUUCUGAAGAUUGUCAGUGUGUCCAACGGAGAAAUAGAAAUCGUCAUCAGAAGUGAUUUCAACAUGCUGUCGGACACACAGCAUCAAUCAGCAGCUGACAGGAAAAGAUCUGGCUUUGGUCCUUGCAGGCAGUAUUCGGUGGAGUCGGCGGUGGACCCUGACCAGCUGGCAGCCCAACUGGCGACCGUGAGGGGCGAGAACCGGGCCCCCCCAUGCAGGCCCUCUGCCUCCCCCUGUAACAUUGCCUCACCUAGUCUUUCCACUGCUUCCAGUACAGCUCCUAGUCCAAUCCUGCCAGCGUCACCUGCCCUGGCGAGACAAGCACCACGCAAGCUACCAUCAAAAGAGGCGUCUAAAGAAACUGAUAUAACCGGCGAAAUUGAGCUUCAGAUGAGAUAUGACGAGACCACGAAAGACUUGAUCAUCAACAUCAAUCGGGCACGAAACCUGGCCGCAAAGGACAUCAACGGUUUCUCCGACCCCUUUGUCAAGGUCUACCUGCUCCCUGGAAGGAAUGCUGAGAACAAGAGAAGGACAAAGUACAUUCCAAAAACCCUGAACCCAGAAUGGAACCAGACGGUCAUCUACAAGGGAAUCACCAAAGAGCAGCUGAAGUCUAAAACAGUGGAGUUCACUGUGUGGGACUACGACAGGUUCACCCCAAACGACUUCCUCGGUGAGGUGUUGAUUGAUCUGUCUGACGGGAGUUUCCUGGACAACCAGCCCCACUGGUUCACCCUGUACGAACACGACGAGAACAACUCCGCCGAGCUGCCCAAGCCAAAAACCCUGUCCCCCCUCACGCACAGUAAGGCGUUCCACCCCCACACAGGCAAGCCGGUGGAUCUGCAGAAGAGCAGGAGCCACCAAAGCCUCAUCACUGCCGCAGGCGUUCCACCCCACACAGGCAAGCCGGUCGACCUGCAGAAAAGCAGGAGCCACCAAAGCCUCAUCACGGCCGCAGAUGAAGAAGAGUAUGAGAAAGCCCGGAGGAGGUACUACAAGGCCCAGAGCCUGACCAACAUUCACCAAGACGAACCGACUUACAGAUACAGGAGAACAAGGAGCUCGCUGGGAGAGGAGCUCACAUCUGACAGAAGACUGAGUCUCCAGCACGGUUACGGAGUCAGCCUGCCCUUCCGCGAAGUUUCCCCCAGCCGCAGACUCAUGCAGCAACAAGCUGAGCGCAGGAGAGCCCCCGUCGGCGCCCACACCACACAGGGUCCGCCCCCUGGAGCUCGCACAAGGUCACGGUCAAGGUCACCUGCCAAUCAUCAAGGUCAACAGCCACCACCACCAGGAGACCAGAUGUCAUCCGUGAUGUCAGACAGCCCACUGACUUACAGGAAGAGGUUUGUGAACGAGCGACAUCAGCCGUCGUCCCUGGCGCGAAACCACGUGUCUUCCUCCGACACCUCCAUCGUGCAGAUGCGGGAGUCUCCACAAAUGAACGUUCAGAACUGCUCACCCGAAAAUCAGCCAGGAAUAAACAGUGUGUGCUGCAUGCAACUGUGCAACAUUUAUAAGAACCUUUUAGGUGAGGACGAAUCGUCCCACAGUGAACCCGCCACACCGCGCUCAGCCACCGAACGGGACAGAAAGGUCCCCAGUUUUCACGGGAAGCAUGACAGAGACGACCUACGCAAGCAGGUGGCCAGAAAGAAGCUGGACUCGCUGGGGUCGAGCGCCUCGUCCAACGGGAGCCUGAGCAGCUUACAGAGCGGGGAGAGCAGCAGCACAGGGUACAGCGGGGGGACAGCACCGCCCUCUGGCUGGCCAGGAAGGUAAGGUCAUGCUGUCCCUUACACUGCUGUUCUUACACUGCUGUUCCUUACACAA